AUGCCUUAUCACUAUUUAUUUUUGGCACUCUUCACCUACCUGGCCACGUCCAAUGUUGUUUCAGGAAGUACACAAGCAUGCCUGCCAGUGGGCCCGAGGAAAAAUGGGAUGAAUGUCAACUUUUAUAAAUACUCAUUACUGGAUUCAACAACGUAUUCCUACCCGCAAUAUAUGACUUCUGGAUAUGCCUCGAAUUGGAAUUAGGUUCCGUUGGCGGACAGACGGAUUUCUCAAUUGACUACGAUCUUUCUUGUGUUAUCUCUUCAGGAACUUUUAAAUGUGCUCAAUCAGAUGCUUAUGGAAACUGGGGAUGCAGAGGUCAUAGUGAAUGUUCAAAAUAGCCAAGAAAGACCUAUUGGAGUACUGAUUUACUUGGUUUCUUACUAUCCCAAAAAACGCUACUCUAGAAAUGACAGGUUACUUUUUACCACCACAAACAAGUUCUUACACGUUCAGGUUUGCUAAGGUCGAUGACUCUGCAAUUCUAUCAGUCGGUGGUAACGUUGCGUUCGAAUGUUGUGCACAAGAACAACCUCCAAUUACAUCGACGGAUUUUACAAUCAAUGGUAUUAAGCCAUGGCAAGGAAGUUUGCCUGAUAACAUCGGAGGGACUGUCUACAUGUAUGCAGGCUACUAUUAUCCGCUGAAGGUUGUUUACUCCAAUGCCGUUUCCUGGGGCACGCUUCCAAUUAGCGUGGAAUUGCCUGAUGGUACUACUGUUAGUGAUGACUUUGAAGGGUACGUUUACUCUUUUGACGAUGAUUUAAGUCAGUCAAAUUGUACUAUCCCUGAUCCUUCAAAACAUACUACUAGCAUCGUCACAACUACUACCGAACUGUGGACUGGUACUUUUACUUCUACAUCUACUGAAAUGACCACCGUCACCGGUACUAAUGGUCAACCAACUGACGAAACCGUUAUUGUUGCCAAAGCUCCAACCACUGCCACCUCAUCCAGUUUGUCAUCAUCUUCUUCAGAACAAAUCACCAGCUCUAUCACGUCUUAG